GGCGUUUAAACACGGCACUAUAGACAUCGCCUUGAUCGAUGUGUGGUGCAACGCUGAAGUUGAUACCUUGGAAGUUUUUGCCGCUUUCCUCCUUCGAUUGUCCGUUGCCGUCCUCGAGCGCUUGUCCCGUAAGCUGCUUGAGUGCAGUCUCGCCUUUGAAUGGCUUCUUGAGCCUAAUCUCAUUCGCGCUGACAACCUCCUGUAUUUCAGUAUUGGCUGCCACAUUGUUGACACUUGGUAAUACCAGCAGCCCCCCUGGCAUGAAGUCGCCAUUUGUAAAGUCUACACCGUUGCCCUUGAUCAGACAUGGGUCACCUGCUGGAUCAGGAAGAUAGAUCUUGCCCUUGGCCGGCUUCUUGCUGUCCAAUGCUCUACCCACUGCCACCGAGCCCACUAGACCAGCCGCGAAGCCUAUGAACUUCCUCCGCAUACUCUUCUCUGCUACGAGGAAAGCUAUCCGUCUUUGCGCAUCGUGUCGGACAACUCUCAUGAGCAGCAAAGGGUCGACGAACUGAUUGGCGUGCGGCGCGGCGACAAAUAUUACCGGACCGUUCUUUGGUAUACGCCACGAGCUUCGAGGAUGAAUCUCACGGAAGAAGAGCUCGACGACGACGUUGAAUAUCCAGAGGAAUAUGUCGUACACAAGGGCGUUCGCGGCAUCUUUGCUCUUCUGCUUGGCCGGCAUGGUGAUUGAGGUUUGGUAGCUGUGUCGCUACGUGUGCCGAAGAGCGAGUCUAGGGAUGGAGUGCGCGCAUUGGGGCGCUCGAGUCGUUUCCAAUCGUGGUCGUGGUGGUACAGUGGCGCAAGAUGUUGGUCGAGGCGAUGAGGAUGAGGUGCGAUUAUGGUACGGACCCGCCGUGAAUGUUUCUCCUCAGAUCAUGGUCUCAACAAUAUUUUGUUGGAUGGCAACAGAAGCUCUUGCCCUUGCCCCACGCCCACGCUUCCUCCCUUCCGCACACCCUGACACGGACACAGACGUCGCCGGAUGUCAUCACUCGUCCAAUUUUGUGUCAGUGACAGACUUUCCAUCAUGCCUGACGCGGAGCAGUAUGGGAGCCUCUGAAGUCAACGCGGUUCGGCGCGACACAAACCAACGGCCUCGCAACUCAAUGCACCGCGCCAGACGCGCUGGGCCUCGCGUAUCGUUCAACGCCGUUUGUUCAUGCAUCUCAUCUCCACGCCCGCAGUCUCCCCGGCUCGACCUCAGCGUCGAACCUAGAAUAUUGACCGCGUGGGCGUCAGCUUCAGCCCUCUCCACACCGUCACUACAAAGCCUCACAUGGCUGUCCUCGACCAUGCUAGAUUGUCAUGAGCCUCUCCUGACGUUGGCGAGCGAGCGUGAAUCCAUAGAUGAGUCUAAGUGGGACGAAUAUUUCGGCGCCCUGGCUGGAUGUCCAAAGGACGAAUCCAUCCAUCUACGCCUGUUUGAAUGGUUCUCAGAUAGCGCCCACAGACCCGCCGAGGUCGCUGUGGAUUCAGCAGCUGAAUUGAUCACCAGAGACAGAAGUCCGCACUGCGAUCUUCGCGUGAUUGUAGCACGAUUGAGUGCGACUCAGCUGGUCGAGCUCAAUGCUAUGCAGGCCAUCUUCAGGCACUACGACUUUCCGACCUCCUUUCUCUCCGAUCGCAUUCAGGCCGUGUCGCAUGCAUUUGGUGCGCGCCGGAGCACGAUGACUCCUGCUGUCGAGAUCGCUUGGAGUCAUUUCCUUUGCAAAGACGUCAAAUCCCACUGGCACCAAAAUCAACCUCGGAGGAGUCCAUACACUGAUAAAGCGGCCACAGACGGUCCCCGAUGGCGUAGAUGCGAUGCAUUUCUCCACGUUCGCAACCGAAGCGAUGGCUCUGAAUGCGUAACAUUACUCUGCUUCGGCGCCUCUCAACCUCUCGUUGAGCGCUUCAAUCGCCUGCUAGGGAAUGCUAGCUGGACUGAUGUUGUGAAAGAGCCCUUCUUGCUCUUCUCCAUUGUCUACGAAGACCUUUAUACUCAACUUGACACUAUUGCUUGGACACUUGCGGAUGUUUUCCGUCCGGUCGAGCGAUCGACACUAGACCGGACUGGUGUAAAAGAAAGCUCUGCCAUGGCACAGUCAGUCGAUUUUGCGAGCUUGCACAACAUUUCCAAACACUGCAUUUACAUCAGCGAAGCGACAGAAGCCGCCAUUCUUAGCGUGGACAGCAUGAUUGCGCAUCUUCGCAGUCACCGCCUGGUCAUAUCGGCAUCAAUGACCGACGCCGCAUUAUCUCAUCUUACUUGUCGAAAGUUGGCACUACAAUCGACACAGCUUAGGAUCCGGUCUCUGGAGAAGCGAAUGGCAAACAUUAUCAGCCUCUCUUUCAACCUGGUCACGCAGCAGGACAGUCGAGUAAUGCAGAACGACAGUAAUGCAAUGAAGGCUAUUGCGGUAUUGACCCUCAUCUUUCUCCCUCUGACGGGCAUCGCGUCGCUGUUCAGUACGCCCUUCUUUUCUGUGGACUUUGACACAAGCCAGAAAUCUUUGCAGGUCGCAACAUGCUUCUGGAUAUUCUGGGUCAUUACAGUUCCACUGACGCUUGUCAUGCUCGGUGGCUGGAUUGUGUGGUAUCAUAGCGUCAAGGAGAAGAGGACCGGCAACUUGGACAAGAAAGUGAAGGCAAUCGAUGAGCUUGGUAGGGCGGACUCGCGGAGCUGGAUUGAUCGCCUUCAAAUUGGCAAUCUUGCAGCCUGA